AUGGCCGACGAUACCUCUCCCGGGAACGCUGGGCCUAAAGCGAAAAGGGGUGCUAGGUUCUGGUGCAUCUUUUUGUCUAUCUGUGUCGCGCUUUUUCUAUCGGCCCUAGAGCUCACUGCCGUAUCGACUGCACUCCCGACCAUCGCUCACGAUCUUCACGCGGAGGAUUUUGUGUGGGUUGGCUCGGCAUACACACUCUCCUCCACAGCGUUUCUUCCUCUGAGCGGAGGACUGGCCCAGAUGUUUGGUCGUCGACCUGCAUUCCUGUUCGCCCUUGCUAUCUUUGCGUUGGGUAGCGGCAUUUGCGGCGGUGCGAGCUCAAUGACCAUGCUCAUCGCGGGGAGAACCGUCCAAGGUAUCGGUGGCGGUGGCAUACAGUCUCUCUCCGCCAUUGUCCUCGCGGAUAUGGUUACUCUUCGAGAGCGCGGCUUGUUCGCGUCGUUUUUUGGCUUGACAUGGUCGGUUGCGGGCUUGAUCGGACCCGUAGUAGGUGGCACUCUGGCAGAUGAAGGGCAGUGGAGGUGGCUUUUCUAUCUCAACCUCCCCAUCUGCGGCGUGGCUGCUAUUUUUGUUGCGGCGUUUAUGAGCCUGCCGACUCCUCCGGGUACAUUCGCCGAGAAAUUCAUGCGCCUGGACUGGACUGGUAACGCCCUCAUAGUUUCCGGGACCACGGCGGUGACAAUCGCCCUCACAUGGGGAGGGGUAACAGCACCUUGGAAAUCGGCUCAGGUCCUUGUCCCGCUCAUCCUGGGUAUCGCUCUAUUGGCUUUAUUCUUGGCCUGGGAGGCCGUCUUCGCCACUUACCCUCUGGCGCCACUUUCGCUCAUGUCAAACCGUACCAGCCUCAGCGGAUAUCUCCAGACAUUCUUUGUGGGGAUUGUUGCACUGGGCGUAGUUUAUUAUAUGCCUAUAUUCUACCAAGGGUGUAAGGAUGCGUCGCCAAUCAGGUCUGGUGUACUGACCCUAGGCUUCGCUUCUCUCGCUCCCUCGGCCUUGAUUGCCGGCGCGCUGGUGAACCGAUUGCAACGCUAUCGCCCGCAGAUGUGGGCCGGAUGGUGCCUUAUACUCAUCGGCCUUGGUCUGCAUACCACCUUGGAGGCUGAGAACAAUGUCGGACGUGCUGUUGGGUUUGGUGUUCUGACUGGAGUCGGCAUAGGGUUUGAGUACUCCACGACGGUAUUUCCGAUACAGGCGCCGCUGCCAGUCACGCAGAAUGCCCCGGCACUCGCAUUCUUACAAUUUCUUCGAUCAUUCGCCGGCGUAUGGGGGAUCACCAUCGGUGCUGCGGUGUUACAGAACGAGCUUACGGGCCGAAUCCCCGCUCAGUUCCUCGAAAACUUUCCGCAGGGUGCUGCGAUUGCAUAUGCCAUCAUCCCACAAGUACCCGGACUGCCGCAACCGCUCAAGCAGGGUGUUCAGGACGCCUUUGCUGAGAGCCUACAGGUCGUGUGGCAGGUGUUUCUGGGCAUUGCCGGCAUCGGUUUCCUCGCGUCAUUGAUCAUGGAAGGAUUGCCGCUUCACUCCAAACUCGACAAGGACUGGGCUCCGCCAGUCGAAAAGUCAGACGACGAGCAAGUCAGUGCGCAGACCAAGGAGGAGGAGGUCUCAGAGCCUGCUGUAGUACCGGAAGUUGCCAUGGUCUCUUCUUGA